AAUUGUAUAUCGGGUUUGUGUUUUCCUAAUGAAUGUAUUUUUAAGUAUAUUUAUAGAAAUACUAGAAAAUGAAAUAUGUGGUGUUCUACACAGUGUGCUUAAUUGCGCUAAUAGUUGAAAACCAUUGUAACGAUAUAACUAAUGAAGUAUUUGGCAACAUCAAAGAAGGCAUUGUAGCUGCGUUUGGUGAUUUCAAUUCGGAUGAAUUAACCGAUGUGUUUCUUAUUAAAAAUCAGAAAACUACAUUUCAAAUAUUAUAUGGGGCGGAUACUGAGCCUUUGCUGGUACCAGGACCUUUUUGUACUUACCUUAAUAGAGAAAUUACCAGUGUCGUACCCGGAGAUUUUGAUGGAGAUGCUUUAAUGGAUAUUCUAAUUACGACACGAUUUCCGGGUAGUACUUCUGAGGAAUAUGAUAUUUAUAUAAAUUGGGGUGGUAAUGAUGGAAUUAAUUGCAAUGAAACACAAAUCCUGAAAACCAAAGGAGAACCAAUUGUAUUAGACUAUAAUCGCGAUAUGAUUAUUGAUUUAUAUGGGAUUGAUGAAUUUGAUCAGAGAUCGUUUUGGAUUUUUAAUAAAACACGACUACUACCAACUAAAAUUCAUCAAGCAAAUCCCACUGGAGCGCAUUUACAAAUUCUGUUUCCAAACGCCAAUGCAUAUAUCGAUAUGAACUCAGAUUUUAUUGCUGAUUUAUUUGUUCAAACAAAGGACUAUUAUGAAAUUUGGCUAGGACGUGCAGAUGACUCUCAGGACUUUACUUUUAACUACACAAUUGACUUCAACAUUAUUGGCGUAUCAGAUUAUACCAUUGGUCAAGCAACAUUUGCUGAUUUCGAACUGUCUGGAACAGAAAAUAUAAUUUUACCUGUGUGUUUUGCUAAAACAUGUAGUAAUUCAACAAUUUUAGUACACGACGGGAAAAGCUUUAGAGAUGUUCAUGUAAAUUUUAGAGAUGCUCAAGGCAUUCAGUGGGCUUUUGUAUACCCAGAUCCAAAUGAUAUGUAUUUAAAAACAAUAACACCACGUUCUGGUGAUUUUAAUAUGGAUGGAUAUCCUGAUUUACUUAUAACACUUCAAACUUUGGGAGAAAUGAAACGCAGGCAAACCUUUCUAUUAGAAAACAUACCCUGUAAAAUAUGUAACAAGCCAUUAAAAAGAACUUUUGAAGUUAGAUGGAACUACUUUCAGGAUAUGGCAACUGAUGUUGUAGCUGGAACCUUUUACGAUUUUUAUCAAGAUGGUGUGCUUGAUGUAAUACUUAUUGAGAAGAAAAGAAAUGGUGAGUAUCGCCCACUAGCUUUUCGCAAUACACUUGACUAUGACGCCAAUUUCGUAAAAGUCAUUGUUUUGACGGGGCUCAUAAACAAAAAGUAUUCAACAUUUCAAACUCCACUUGGACGAAGAAAACGGACUUAUGGUACAAAUUUACCUGGUCCUCGUAUAAUAUAUACAACAACAACACAGGAUGGUGAGUUGCAAUAUGGAUCCAGUGUACAAUUGCCUCAAUCAUCUUACUUCGCGUUGCAAUUACCUUACACCAUAUUUGGGUUAGGGCGUACUUCAAAUUUUAUUGAUUCAUUAACUGUUGGUUUAAUUAGUAAAUCACGUACAUGGACUCAACUCAUUCCAAAUUCGCAAAUAAUUGUUGUACCAAAGCCAGUUGACGAACCACAAUGCUGGAAAGCACAAUUGUUUGUCACACCUAGUAAACUAAUUCUUAUGAGCGUCGUUGCACUUGGAGGAACUUGUUUAGUAAUAAUUUUUAUUAUUUUAAUAUUAUAUAUCAAAGAAAAAAGGGAAGACAAACUAGAAAAGCUCCAGGAAGCGCAUCGUUUUCAUUAUGACGCUAUGUAAAUGAUCCCUUAUAAGCUGUACAAAUAAUUACAAGUGUAAAUACAUUGUAUUUGUUUAUAUCAUAUUUUGUAGUGUGUUCCAUAUUGUUGAUAAAAAAAACUGUGAUCAACGUAGGCAACAUAGAAAACGUAGACAUCAAAAUAACCACAAAAUUAAUAUUUGACAUUAAUACAAAAUAAAAUGUAAGAGCUUGCACCAUU